CUCUUUCUAUAUAUGGUUUCUUUUGUUUCUUCCUUGUUUGAUCUCUCAUUUCAAGCUACAUUUUGAUGGUGGAGUUGCGAUAAUUUUUCUUUUCUUCUUGGAAUAAUUUGUGGAGAGAAAAUGGCGGCAGAAGGAACGUUGUCGUUUUCAGUAGCUUCAGUUGUGGAGGAUGUACUGCAACAGCAUGGCAAUCGCUCCAAAGAUCUUGAUUUGGAGUCUAGGAAAGCUGAGGAAGCUGCAUCAAGGAGGUAUGAAGCGGCUGGAUGGCUAAGGAAGAUGGUUGGAGUAGUGGCGGCUAAAGAUUUGCCGGCAGAGCCAUCAGAGGAAGAAUUUAGGCUUGGUUUGAGGAGUGGAAUAAUCCUCUGCAAUGUUCUCAAUAAAGUUCAACCAGGAGCUGUGCCUAAGGUGGUGGAAAGUCCAUGUGAUGCGGUUCUCAUACCUGAUGGAGCUGCAUUGUCAGCAUUUCAGUACUUUGAAAAUGUAAGGAAUUUCUUAGUAGCUGGGCAAGAAUUGGGGCUUCCUACUUUUGAGGCAUCUGACCUAGAACAAGGAGGCAAAUCUGCAAGGGUUGUGAAUUGUGUUCUAGCACUUAAGUCCUAUAGUGAAUGGAAGCUCACAGGCGGAAAUGGAGUGUGGAAAUUUGGUGGAAAUGUAAAACCUGCCACCACCACACUAGGAAAGGCAUUUGUAAGAAAAAAUUCAGAGCCUUUCAUGAACUCCUUGCAAAGGACCUCGUCCGUGAAUGAGAAAUUAUUGAAUGGUCAAUCCAAUGAAAUUGAUCCUAAUAAAAUGGCCAGUUCUGGUUCGUUGAGUAUGCUGGUUCGUGCCAUUCUAAUAGAUAAAAAGCCUGAAGAAGUUCCAAUGCUGGUUGAAUCUGUGCUCAGUAAAGUUGUAGAGGAGUUUGAGCAUCGGAUUGCAAGCCAAAGUGAAAUGAUGAAAACAACAUCAAAAGACAUCACUGCUUCUCUUUGCAACAAGUCUCCACUAAAACCGACUCCUGGGGAUAAAAAGAUUGAGGAAAAGAACAUCAAAGUGUGGAGGAAAGAAGAUUCCUUUCAUAAAAACCUCAUUGAUGAUGAGGAAUUAAAAGGUCGAUCUCAGAAACAGAAAAUAUUAUUUGAUCAACAGCAAAGAGAUAUUCAGGAGCUAAAGCAUACUAUUAAUGCCACAAAAGCUGGCAUGCAAUUCAUACAAAUGAAAUUUCAUGAAGAAUUCAACAAUCUUGGUAUGCAUAUUCAUGGUCUAGCUCAUGCUGCUUCUGGUUACCAUAGGGUUCUAGAAGAAAAUCGCAAGCUAUACAAUCAAGUGCAGGACCUUAAAGGAAGUAUCCGUGUUUACUGCCGUGUGAGACCAUUCUUGUCUGGACAGUCAAGCUAUCUGAGCACUGUGGAUCACAUAGAAGAGGGAAACAUCACCAUCAACACCCCAUCAAAGUAUGGUAAAGGACGCAAGUCCUUCACCUUCAACAAAGUCUUUGGGCAAUCUGCAACUCAAGCGGAGGUUUUUUCUGAUAUGCAGCCACUGAUUCGGUCGGUUCUUGAUGGAUACAAUGUUUGCAUUUUUGCAUAUGGCCAGACAGGGUCAGGAAAAACUUACACUAUGACUGGACCUAGAGACCUGACAGAGAAAAAUGAAGGUGUUAAUUAUAGGGCAUUAGGCGAUUUGUUUCUUCUGGCAGAGCAAAGAAAGGAUACCUUCCGCUAUGAUGUUGCUGUUCAGAUGAUUGAAAUAUAUAACGAGCAAGUCAGAGAUCUCCUAGUUACAGAUGGAAGUAACAAAAGAUUAGAAAUUCGCAACAGUUCUCAGACAGGUCUCAAUGUACCAGAUGCAAACCUUGUGCCUGUUUCAUCAACAUCUGAUGUUAUUGAUCUGAUGAACCUAGGACACAGGAAUCGUGCAGUUGGUGCAACAGCCCUAAAUGACCGUAGUAGCCGUUCUCAUAGCUGCUUGACUGUCCAUGUUCAAGGAAGAGAUUUAACAUCUGGAAGUAUUCUCCGUGGCUGCAUGCAUCUUGUUGAUCUUGCAGGAAGUGAGAGAGUAGACAAGUCUGAGGUAACAGGAGAUCGACUAAAAGAGGCACAGCACAUAAACAAAUCUCUCUCAGCUUUAGGAGAUGUGAUUGCUUCCCUUGCUCAAAAGAAUCCACAUGUUCCUUACAGAAACAGCAAACUCACUCAACUUCUUCAAGAUUCACUUGGAGGGCAGGCCAAGACACUAAUGUUUGUUCACAUAAGCCCUGAGCCUGACGCCAUAGGUGAAACAAUUAGUACUCUCAAAUUUGCGGAGCGUGUGGCUACUGUUGAACUUGGUGCUGCCCGAGUGAACAAAGACACAGCAGAUGUUAAAGAACUCAAAGAACAGAUUGCUACCCUGAAGGCAGCAUUGGCAAGGAAAGAGGGAGAAACAGAGCAAAGUCUGCACUCUGUAUCCGCCAGCUCUGAAAAAUACCGAACAAAGGCUAGCGACUUAUCACCCUUCAGUACUAAUCAGCGGGUUGGAGCUAUGUUGAGCUCCAGACAACCCAUGGGUGACGUGGGCAACAUUGAGGUGUGCACAAACGCUACAUUGAGGCAAAAGAGGCAAAGUUUUGAUCUUGAUGAGCUAUUAGCAAAUUCACCUCCCUGGCCUCCUGUUAUCAGUCCUGCCCAAAACUUCAGGGAUGAUGAGAAAGAACCAGGAUCGGGUGAGUGGGUGGAUAAGGUUAUGGUGAACAAGCAAGAUGCCAUUAACAGAGUAGGAAACCCCCUGGGAUGUUGGGAAGCAGAAAAUGGGAAUUUGUCUGAUGUCUUUUACCAGAAAUAUCUCCAAGAUUCUUCAAAGAUUUACCCAGAACAAUCAUAUAAUAUGUUCAUGGGGGGUAACAGGUUCAACAUGGCUGGCGCUGAUGACAUAGAUGAUCUUGAUGCUGCUACCAGUGACUCAUCCGAGCCUGAUUUGCUUUGGCAAUUCAAUCAGUCCAAACUUAGCAGCAUUACCAACGGAAUUGAGUCAAAGACCAAGAAACCUACUUCCAAAUCAGCAAGGAACCCAGAACUGACCAAAAAUUUAAAUACCAUGUCAGGGCCCUCACCAUCUAGGAAACUAGCCAAUGGAGUUAGCCAACCUUUGCAUCGAAAUGGGAGGCAGCCAGCUCCUGCUGAUGGGAAACGCAAAACUGGGAGUAGAAAAUAACAAAGUUUAUACACCACUACAACCACGUUGGAGUGAUUUCUGAUUCUUUCUUUUAUUUUUCUUCUUUUAUAUUUGUUAGAGAGAGAGGUGUUCAAUAUACAGAUAAUUUUUUCUUUCAUUGUAAUUUUUGUGGUAUAGUUAAAAGCAGCAAUAAUUCCAGUUGCUUCUUCAAAAGACAAUUUCAUA